AUGUUCGCGCUGGAGCAGUUCGAGGCGCAGAGCGGCGGCGGCGGCGGCGGCGGCAGGAGCGGGGAACGCGGCGGGGGCGCCUUCGGGCCGGGCCUGGCCUCGCACUUCAAGGCGUCGCCCUUCCCCGGCGCGGAGCCGGCGGGCCUGGGCGAGCCUCCCUCGGCGGCGGCCGCGAUGCUGGCCAUGAACCUCAACCUGCCUGGCGAGGCCUACCCCUUCCCCGGCGCCCGCGGCGGCCCCGCCGACCUGCAGCAGACGCAGGCCCUGCACGGCUUCUUCGGCGCCCAGCAGCCCUCCCCGCACGCCGCCCACCACCCCCAGCAACAGCAGCAGCAGCAGCAGGCGGCGGCCGGCGCGCACUUCGGCGGGGGCGGCUUCGGGAGCGAGCCCAGCGCCUCUUCCUGCCUCCACGGCGGCCGCCUCCUCGCCUACCCGGCCCAGCAAGCCUUCGCGCCCGACGGCUACGAGCAGCACCUGGCUGACGGGCAGGCCGCAGACGGCUUCGGGGCCCCACGGGCAGGCCCUCUGCAGGACUUCCAGCCGCCGCCGCCCGCCCCCUGCCUCCCCCUCGACCAGUCCCCCAACCGCGCCGCCUCCUUCCACGGCCUGCCCGGCGCCGCAGCCGCCCCUCCGAGCCGCCCCCCGCCGCACGGCCUGGACUCGCAGAGACGCGCCGCCGCCGUCGAGGCCCUGGACUACAGCUACCCCAGCGGGGAGGGCCACUUCGACUUGCCCGUCUUCUCGCCCUCCGAGGCCGACGGGCAGCUGCCCCACUACGGAGCCGGCAGGCAGCAGGUGCCCGGCGGGGGAGGGGGCGGCUUCUCCGGGCCCCCCUCGGCUGUGCCCCGCGCGCCUCCAGGCAUGGCCGCGCUGGCCAAGGCGCACCCCCAGCAGCCGCCGCCGCCCGGGGUCUUCUUCGAGAGGUUCAGCGGCAGCCGCAAGAUGGAGCCGGGCCUGGGCGCCAGGCACCCCCUGCUGCAGCACCAGCACCAGCCCCCGCCGGGCCUCCUGGCCAGGCAGAACUCCUGCCCGCCCGCCCUGCCUCGAGGAGGGCAGCCGCACCAGCACCAGCACCAGCAGGCGUGCCCCGACGGCGGCGCCCCCGGCAACACGGCCUCCGCCAACCCGGCGCUGCAAGAGGGCGCCGGCGGCCCCUUCCUGCCUGGCCAGCAGCACGCCCCCUUCGAGUACCCCAUCCACCGGCUGGAGAACAGGAGCCUGCAGCCGCCGCCGCCGCAGCACCCCCCCUACGGCCCCGCCGGCGAGCCCGUCUUCAGCGCCCCCCACCACCAUCACCACCACCCGCCGCCCCCGGGCAGCCAGCGGCUGCAGCACUUCGAGGGGCCCCCCGUCGCCGCCGCCUCCUCCUCCUCCUCCUACAUGAGCGUGGCCAAGAGGCCCCGCUUCGACUCCUGGAGCGGCGGCGGGGGGACCAUGCACGCAGCCGCCCUGGACAGCCACCUCUCGCCGUCAGCCUACUCCGGCCUGCCGGGAGACUUCACGCCCCCGGGCCCCGACGGCUUCCCCCCGCCGCCUCCUGCCGAGCACCAAGCGGCUUUGCAGCAGCAGCAGCAGCGCCAGAACGCCGCCCUCAUGAUGAAGCAGCUGGCCGCCUCCCGCCACCCCCAGCCGCCGCCGCGCCUCCGCCAGCCCAGCCUGCAGCAGCUCGGCCACCACCCCCACCACGCCGAGGCCGCCGCCGCCGCUUUCGAGGCCCAGGAGAGCGCCUGGUUCCCCGCCGCGCCUGCCGCCCCCGGGGACCUCCUCUUCCGCCCGGGCCUGGGCGGCAUGGCCCUGCAGGAGCCGCCCCCGCCCCCCCUCCGCAUGGCCUCCGGGCCCGACGGCCACCUCCCCUCGCCCGGGGGCAGCGGUCUGCACGGCCAGUUCGGCCUCAGCCCGCCGUCGGAGCGCAGGCCCGGGCCGGACUUCCAGCAGGCCUUCGCCUUCGGCCCCUCCAGCCGCCAGGCCACCCCGCACGGCGGCUCGCCCGGCUCCUACGGCCCCCCGACGGACUUCCCGCCCUCCGCCGGCCCGCCGCCCCCGCAGCAGCCCCGGCCUCCCCCGCCCAGCAGCAAGCUGGGCGCGCUCUCGCUGGGCUCCUUCCCCAAGGCCGGCGCCGUCGGGGGGCCGGGGGGCGGCGGCGCGGGCCCCAAGGAGAGCAGCGGCCUUUUCGGGCAGAGCUGCCUGGCCGCGCUCUCCACCGCCUGCCAGAACAUGAUCGCCAGCCUGGGCGCCCCCAACCUCAACGUCACCUUCGGCAAGAAGGGCGCGGCGGCCGGCGGCGGAGUGGCGGCGGGCGGGGAGGGCGCCAAGCGGAGCAAGCUCAGCCCGGCCGAGCCCCCCGAGGGCGGCACUCUCGGGCCCCAGCCGCCGCCUCCGGCCCCGCCGCCGCAGCCGGGCAGCGAGAGCGGCCUGUCGCCCAACUACUCCCCGGGGCCGGGCCCGGACGCCAAGGCGGGAGGCGGGCGGGGCAGGGGCCGUCGGAAGCGGGACAGCGGCCACGUCAGCCCGGCGGGCGGUGGCGGCUUCUUCGACAAGUACGGCCCGCCGGCGGGUGCGGAGGGCGGCAGCCCCGGGCAAGCGGGGGAGCGAAGCGGCGGCACCCCGCACCUCCACGAGCCCCACAAGGCGCUGAGCUCCCCGCAGGCCGCCCCUGCCUGGACCAAGGGAGGCGCCGCCGACCUGCUGCUGCCCCCCGCCGCGGGGGCCGCCCCGGAGCAGGCCGAGCUGCUGCCCGCCCUCGAGAAGGCCGACUCCUGCUCGCCCCGCCGCGACUUCCCCCCCGACGGCCCGGACGGCGGCGGCAGCGACGACCGCGGGGCGCCCCACGAGGACGAGGUGACCUCCAGCUCCGACCACCCUGCCCUGCCCAAAGGCCCCGGCCGCAGCCCGCUGCUCCACGGACCCAAGGGCGGCGGCCUGGCGCACCUCGCCCUGCACGGCGGCACCUCGACCUCCAGCCCCGACAGCUACGGCGGCGGCGGAGGCCCGGCCAGCAGCGGCGUGCCCCCCGGCCAGGACGAGAUCCACCCGCUGGAGAUCCUGCAGGCCCAAAUCCAGCUCCAGCGGCAGCAGUUCAGCAUCUCCGAGGACCAGCCGCUGGGCCUCAAGAGCGCCGCCAAGAAGCCCCCCGACGGCGGCAGCGGCCAGAACGGGGACAGCGGCGAGCUGAGCAGCUGCUGCGCGGCGGGGGCCGAGGGCGCCAAGGCUUCCAUGAGCACCAUCGAUCUGGACUCCCUCAUGGCCGAGCACUCCGCCUCCUGGUACCUGCCCGGCAGCGGCGGCGGCGACAAGGCGCUCCUGGAGGAGGACAAAGGCCUGGCGCCCUGGGAAAAGGCCAAGCCCCCCCACCCCAGCAAAGAAGCCCACGAGCUUCCUUCCAGCAAGACCUCAGCCCCGGCACAGACUGGCAGCCACCUGCCCUGUCUCUCUGUCCACUGCACGGAGGAUGUGGCCGAGGCCAAGGGGCGGACUGCGGUGCCCACGUGGCGAUCGCUGCACUCGGACAUCUCCAACAGAUUUGGAACUUUUGUCGCUGCCCUGACUUGAAGACGACGAAGAAGAAAAAGACAGACAGGAAUUAUUUUUUGUUUCUCUUUCUGUUUAAGGGGCGCACAUGCUAGUUGGAGUAUUUUUCUAGGUUGGUUGGUACCUGCUUAGUGGCAUAGAGACUGGAAAGGGUUAAUUUAAA